UAGGCUUCCACCCCUGUCGCGCGCCACUUUGCAUCCCCCUCCCAUAGAGCUCCUGCACAACCGCCUCAAAUCGCAGCUGGAAGCAUGCAAAUCUCUCGCUCUCUCUCUACUGGUGGGCAUGGACUGAUGUUUCUGCUCCUCUCUCUCUCUCUCUCUCUCUCUCUCUCUCUCUUAUACAUGGAUCGGCAACUACAUUCUUGCCAAACAAAUAUGUGCCCCUUUUCUUGAGAUUGCGCCCACAACAUGUUUGAUGUUUUGCUUAUAAAGAGUUGGACUUCAUUUUUUUCAGUUUUUUUUAAUGUAUGAGGCCUGGUCUAAUUUGUUUUCAAAAGUGAACCUACUGUACAUGCCAAUGCAUCUAGGAAAAUUAAGUUUUUUUGCCAAACUAACUGGAUGCUUAAAUUCUGGAUAUGAACAUUGAUUGGGUGCUGAAAUGUUUCGCUAAUGAUAGUUUCCAACAUGCUUUUUAGCACAACUACAGAACUACAGAAAUACAUAUAAACUAUUAUAGUUCAACCAAUUUGCAGUUUUUAAUUAUGUGUACUGAAAAUGGAUUUGGUGUCCACGACAUGUGAAGUUAAGAUCAACUUAAAUUGUGUGUUAAUGUUCUUCUCCUUUAACAAAUAUAUACAAUACGAGGCCAUGAUGCCCGGCAGAUAUGUAGCAACAAAGGUGAUAACCUCUCUUUGGUCCCUUUGGUAAGAUAAAUUCGUUCUUCUGUGCAUCUUGUAUGAGUUUGAUGCGGUAGGUUGGAAAUUUAUUGGAUUUUGUUUGGUUCCUUCAGACUCAGAGGCUUUCAUUUUGCUCAGUUGAUUGGCUGAAGUUAUGCACACAGCCCUGCAGGCUGUUUGUUGUAAUGCAAAUAAAGCAUUUCUCCCGGCAAAACACCCAACAACAAGAUUUUCUUUAGGGCUGAUUUAUCCAGAAGCCCAAACCAUGUGGGUGUAGUUCUUGCAAUUAGAAUUACUAAUAUCCGUUUGUUAGAGUAUAGUUAUUUGGCAGAGAACUUCUUCUAGAUGCUCUGCAUCCUCUAUGAGUAAUGCACUUUGUUGUUUGUUGACCAUUUAUGGGUAGAUUUUGCCUAUUGGAUAAUGGCCCAGAAAAUAUCUUCUUAGAAAAUAGCAUUGGCAACUUUGAUAAAUCGAGAAAGCUUCUUCUUUGUUUGAGUUGAAAUUAAGAAACCUCCCACAGAGCAAUGUCGUCUUCAUCAUGCUGCAACUAUAAAACACAGGGUGACCAAACCCGAAAAGUUGAUGGGAAUUUAGUUUACAUUUGGAUUCCUUUGUACUGCCUACAAUAUUAUAGCUUAAAUAUUGCUACUAAAUUUCUCGGAGUGGUGAUGCAUGCAAACAAUUUCUUAGAGAUAGGCUGUGUACAAUCAUUCACGAUGCAGAUCUGUUAAUUUUAAUUUUGGAAUAAUGGAUAUGUUCUAUUAGCUUGAGCUGGUGACAGGACACCUUUUGAUUGCAGAAGCUCAAGUACUUGAGCCAUCUAGAGAAAUCACUAAAACUACUUGCUAAUCCAGUGCAUCUCUAUCAAGAUAAAUCAUACUGUAGGUGUUGCCAUCUAUGAUCAUUUCCCUAUUCAUACUCUGCAACUCCACUUGAAAAGGGCAUGGAGUCAGGAAAAAGGCUACGAGCUUCUGAUGGAUAUUCAAUCUCAUGGUCAGACUGUGGGUACAUUAGGGUCAAAGCACCACAAGAUAAUUAGUUGCUAAUUAAAUAUGGCAUGAACCUCAAUUAACACACUUAUAGUUCAAGUUGAAGGAGCUUACUCUGAUUCACAACCACAAUAGCAGAGUAAAUAACUUGGUAGUUUCAUGUUUAACAACUUCUAUUUUGAUACUGUCUCGACGGCUUGAUGGAAAAGAUCGACGGAAUAACAUGGUUACAACUAACAGUCUGACGGCCUAAAUCAAGUAUGUUCCGUUGCCAACUUUCUCUUGAAGAUAAAGACUGAAGCUUGUUGCUUUUGCUCAUCCUGGUGCUACCUGAUUAGUACUUAAUCAAGAUGAGUAAUCAUGAUAGCUGGUGUUGAACUCCAGCCAACCAUGGUGAGAAGGAAUUGAUGCUGCAGCUGUAAGCGGCGGGUGGCUACGCAUUGGUAGCCGUUGUGCUGAUAUGUAACUCCAGCCAACCAUGAAUUUAACAGCGGCCUCCGUAAGUGUCAAAGACUUAUUGUCGAAAUACAGUUCAGGCCACACGAAUUAAUUCAUGAAUAUAAUUUAUAUUGACCCAAACUUAAUCAAUUCAACGGCACCGACGAAUGCUACUAGUCGAUAAAAUAUCAAUGACAAUAAUCAGCCAGUGGGCAGCUCACCAAUCUCUUUCAGAAGACUAUUCCAGCUGGCGCAUUUAAAGACUGUGCUGCAUGGCCACAAGCGCAAGCAGAGGAGGGCCAAGAUACUGACUUAUAUUUAUCAUCAACCGGCGUAUUCCAGCUAGCGAGUAUCCUUUGCUCUUGCUGGGCUCUAGUAUGCUUCUGCUAUCCACACAGGCAAGGCAUCACGAAAUCUCAGAAAUCUGAAGAUUUUGUUCAUUCCCUUCUUCUGCAACUGCAAGCAGAGGAAGUUUCAUCUUGAUCACUGUUGAUUGAAUAAUCCUGUAUUCAGGUGCAGCAGCAUGGUUUUCUCUUGGUGAUUGCCCGACGAUCUUCUGUUAUCUAUUGUGGUUCUUUGCUUGCGCUCAGCCUCGCGAGAUCUUGAAACUAUUGAUAGACUGGAAGACUGGUUCUAAGGUGCACCAGCAUGGUUUUCCCUUGGUAAUUGAUGGGUGGUCAUUCAUUUUCAGCUUUUGGUUUCUGCCAGUCUCAAGGAAUAUCCUAGUGUUUUUGGUGGAUCUCUGGCGCUGAGUUUGUCUGAUCCAUGGCAGCCGUACUUGAAACUUUGCUUAAAUCAAGUGUCAAUAAGUUGCAAGAUGUCAUUACAGGUGAGGCCAUACUAAUCCUAGGGGUGGAAGAAGAGCUCACAAAACUACUGCGACGAGUGGAACUAAUUCAGUGUUGUAUAUAUGAUGCUGAGAAAAGGAGGACAAAAGAGCAAGCGGUAAACAAUUGGCUUGGUCAACUGAGAGAUGUUAUAUAUGAUCUUGAUGAAAUCUUGGAUGUGGCUAGAUGUAAAGGAAGCAAGAGACUUCCUGAUGAUCCUUCUUCAUCAUCAAGCAAAUCAGCUGCAUGUGUAGGCUUCUCAGUGUCCUCUUGCUUUUGUAACAUCUGGUCACGUCGUGAUGUUGCUGUUCGGAUUAGAAGCCUCAACAAAAAGAUUGAGAACAUUGCAAAUGAUAAGAUAUUCUUAACGUUCAACAGUAGUACACAACCUACUGGAAAUGGUCCAACAUCCAGACUGAUAAAAAGUUCCAACCUUCUUGAGCCCAACCUUGUGGGAAAGGAGAUCAUACAUUCCAGUAGGAAGUUGGUGGACUUAGUGCUUGCACACAAGGAAAAUAAGUCUUACAAGCUUGCUAUUGUUGGAACAGGCGGAGUUGGAAAGACAACACUAGCUCAGAAAAUAUACAAUGACACAAAAAUAAAAGGAAGCUUCAAGAUGCAUGCAUGGAUUUGUGUUUCACGGGACUACAAUGAAGUUACUCUUCUGAAAGAAGUUCUCCGGAAUAUUGGUGUGCAUCAUGAACAAGGUGAAACCAUAGCAGAGUUGCGGAGUAAGCUUGCAGAAACAAUUGAAGGGAAGAGUUUCUUUCUUGUUCUAGAUGAUGUAUGGCAUUCCAAUGUAUGGACGGGUUUAUUUAGACUUCCCUUACAUGCAACAACUAGAGAAGUAAUAUUGGUAACCACACGAGAUAAUCAAAUUGCAUUGAGAAUAGGCACACAGUACACCCAUCGAGUUGAUCUCAUGUCAGCAGAGGUGGGAUGGGAGCUGCUUUGGAGGAGCAUGAACAUUGGUGAAGAGAAACAAGUGCAGAAUUUUAAAAACACGGGGAUUGAGAUUGUUCGUAAAUGUGGUCACCUCCCUCUUGCAAUCAAGGUUACAUCUAGUGCUUUGGCCAGCAGAGAUCUAACAGAGAAUGAGUGGAAAAAGUAUCUGGGUAAAUAUAUUGGCUCCCAGAGCAUACUCUUGGACGAAGUAGAAUUAGCUUUGUAUCUAAGCUAUGAUGAGUUACCACAUCGUCUGAAACAGUGUUUCCUUUAUUGUGCUCUGUAUGUUGAAGGUUCUAUCAUUCGACGUGAUGAAGUUACCCGGUUAUGGAUUGCUGAAGGCUUCAUCGAGGAGCAGCAAGGCCAACUACUAGAAGACAUAGCAGAAGAGUACUACCAUGAGCUAAUCCACCGGAAUCUCCUCCAACCAGAUAUCUCAUAUUUUGACAUGUCUCACUGCAAAAUGCACGACCUCUUAAGACAACUUGCUUUGAAUAUAUCAAGAGAAGAAUGUUUUGUUGGAGAUGUUGAAUCAUUAAGGGGUGAAAAUAUGCCAAAACUGCGACGUGUUACUGCUGUUAUUAAGAAGGAUAUGUCAGUGUUACCUAGAGUGGAUAAGGUGGAAGUUAAGGUGAGGACUUUCCUAACUGUUAAGGGUCCAUGGAGAAUUGAGAAUACAUUGUUCAAGACAUUCCUGCUUCUUCGUGUUUUGGUACUGAAUUACUCACUUGUACAAAGCAUCCCAGAUUACAUAGGAAAGCUGAUACAUCUACGUCUACUUAAUCUAGAUUAUGCUGGCAUAUCUUGUCUUCCAGAAUCCAUUGGCUCCCUAAAGAACCUUCAAGUACUGAGCUUGAGAUGGUGUAAUGAUCUGCACAGUCUUCCUUUGGCAAUGACCCUGUUGUGCAGUUUAAGAUGUCUUAAUCUUUUGGGCACAGAAAUAAAUCGGGUUCCCAAAGGGAUAGGGAAACUGAAGUUCCUCACGUAUUUAGAAGAUUAUCCUGUUGGUGAUGGAAGUGAUAAUGCUGUUGUACAAGAUGGAUGGAAGUUGGAAGAGUUGUCUCCUUUGUCGCAUAUGAGGUAUCUUCUUCUUAUCAAGUUGGAAAGAGCAGCUCACUGCAGUACAAAUGCAAUUCUUACAGACAAAAAGCAUCUAAAACACCUAACACUAGAGUGGACUGAACGUGGAGAGGGGUCAUAUUCAGAAGAAGAUGUUAGCAAUAUUAAGGAGGUCUUUGAGCAGCUAAUACCUCCGCACAACCUGGAAGACCUAUGUAUUGUCAGAUUCUUUGGUCAGCGGUAUCCCACCUGGUUAGGUACCACCUAUUUGUCUUCAUUAAUACACUUGAAACUCAUAGAUGUACGAUCAUGUGCGCAUCUUCCACCGAUCUGGCAGCUACCCAACUUGAAAUUUCUUAAGAUUGGGGGAGCACAUGCAGUUACCAAGGUUGGGCCUGAAUUUGUUGGCUGUAAGAAGGGUGAUCCUGUAUGUAAUGAGUUGGUUGCUUUCCCUAAACUUGAAUGGUUGAUCUUCGAGGAUAUGCCCAACUGGAAGGUGUGGUCUUUUUUUGAGGAAGAAGUUGCUGACGAUGUAAGGGGAGAGGAUGGAGCUGCUGAGAUCCGCAAAGAGGAUGCCCAAUCGGCAAGGUUGCAACUGCUGCCUCGUUUGGUGGGCUUGCAACUUGUAGGUUGCCCAAAGCUGAGCGGUCUGCCACGACAGCUUGGAAAAGACACCGCCUGUUUGAAGGAGCUCAGUUCAACGGGACUGAACAACUUAAAGGCCAUGGAGGAUCGCCCAGUGCUCUCUGAACUUGUUGUUUCGUACUGUGAAGGCCUGGAGAGGAUCUGCAACCUCCCUCAAGUGACAGAGCUGCGUGUAGGUGGUUGUCCAAACUUAAGCCAUGUAGAAGGAUUGGGUAGUUUGCAGCGGCUGUGGGUGAGUGAGGAUAUGCAAGAAAUCUUUUCACGCUGGGUACCUGGGCUUCAAGAGCAGCACCGGCGACUUCAUGGCGAAGACCUGGAUAUCUACACAUGGACAAGGUACAAGAGUUGAUAAUAUCGGCAAACCGUGAAAGGCGGCGACAAGUUCUUUCAAGAAGCUAUCUGUCAUCUGUGGGAGGAGAAGCGUCAAAGAAAAGGGGCAAGCUCUGUUCUGUGCGAUGGAGCUGAAGAAGAAGAAGAAGAAGGAAACUGCAGAAACUACUUACUAGCUACACCAUCUGCCAAAAAACUUGAUAGUGCAAUGCAGUGCUCUUCGUGGUACUACUAUCGUUUUCUUUUCUGAACUUAAUCAUUGUGUGAUGGAGAUCGAUGAUACUCUCGUACAUUUUAUCUGCGUUUUAAUUACUUAUGUGAAACGCACUGCACUGCACUGCACUCUGGUUUAAGCUAAGUGUGUGAUCUGUUUUUGGCUACUGUUAGGCGGGCUCAGUGGCCGUUUAGUUUAGUUCGGAGGAAUUGGAUAUAGGAGUAUUUUGGAACGUUGUAUUGUGAUCAAACUGAAGCGAGGCGCAUCUCGUGUGUUACUCGCACGCUGGAUUAAUUGGGUGUAAUCAGAACUUAAAUCUUGUGUGUGGGACAAU